AUGGCUCAAUUUCUUCUUCUUUGCCUUGUUUUAGCAGAUGCUUUUGUAGGUCUAGCAAUGGCUAGUGAAAAGGUUCAAACCAUGGUGCAGCCUAACGCUGCACCAUCCUCAUACCCACAAGCUCCUACUCAGAAUUCAUACGAGGCUCAAGCGCCCAUGAUUAGGAAACUUGGGAAACACCACCACCAUAAAACGGUCCAGUCCUUCGUUGCCCCAAGACUUAGCCCAUCUAUAGCUCCUCCCCAAGCUCAAGCGAACGUUCAUUCUACAAAAGAAACCAGUUCUUUGGAUCAAAAUACGUCUUUAUCUGAGCCCAAUAGUACUGAAGAGAACGUUAGCAUCCAAGUGCAAGAUAUUCACCUUCCAAACCAUCAUCAUUCAGUGGAUAAAUCAGUAGCUGGAGGCGGUGUCAUUCUUGGGGGUCUUGCCACCACAUUUUUAGUGGCUGUUUUCUGUUACAUUAGAGCUACUGGUAGACAUAAAGCAGAAACUACUUGA